UUGGUAAAUUCGUAGAAUUUUUGACGUGCAAACGAUGAAGUCAUCUGAAAGCGUCCCGGAUUACUUAAAUAAAAAUAUAUUCCCGAUUUUGUUAAAUGCAAUGGAGGAAAUGUUAUUUGAAGCUGAUUGUCGAAAUGCGUUAGAAACACAUAAAUGUUCCUUUAAUGGAUUGGAUUAUCUUGCCGAGAUUCUUUGGAAUAGAAACUUGCGACAUCCGAGUAGAUUGUAUACUUGGCAAGAUGUAUUUAACAUACCUCAAUUCAAGCUAUGGCUAAAGUUGCAUCCCAGGCCAAUUUAUCCAAAUUCGUGGUUGUGGACCAAAGAAGAGGCUGCCUUACAUAUACAGAGAUAUGUUCGUGGUUGGCUUAUUAGAAAAAAAACGGACGUUCAGGAGAUGCGUCAGUUUUGGAAGAUCAUUCGUGCAGAAAAAAUGGACGCUCCUGAAUUCAAUUAUACACCCAAUAAAAUGGAGCUUUGAAAGUCGGAUUGUUUUCUUUUUACUUUAUUUCUCCCUAAAGUAA